CCAAUGAAAAGUCGCCAAAUACGUGAUUUCAUUUAGUGGCACAAAAAUACAUAAGAGAUUAAAUACACGUUCAUGUUACAUAGUUCUGCUGUACGAACGAUAAAUGUGUGUAAUUGGUAUGCAAAUAAAUAAUACGAGAGGGUUUGUGCAAAAAACGACAAAAUUAAUUUGAUAAGAGGAUCGUAUAAAUCUUGGGAACGUGAAAAUAUCAACUUGCCUCGGUGGCAUUGCUAAUUAAUCCUAAUCUAAGUAAUUGACAGUAGAAACAGCUGAUCAAACGAAACGUAAAAAGUAAAAAUAUUAUGAUAAUGGAAGGAACUGCCGUGAAAUUAAUGAUAAAAGCACCGAAUCAACAAAUUAAAGAUCAGAUUGUAAACUGUGAUAUUGGAUGGACUGUUGGACGAUUAAAAGAACAUUUAUCUGAAGUUUAUCCUAGUAAACCAGAACGAGCAAGUCAAAAACUAAUAUAUUCAGGACAAUUAUUAAAUGAUUCUGUACAUUUGAAAGAUGUUCUAAGGCAAUGUGAUGGACAAGAAGAUCAAACUUACAUAGUUCAUUUAGUUUGUGCUUCACAAAAAGCAUCUACUAAUAAAAUGGAACAAGUUACAGAAAGUACAAGUACAAUUCCUACCGCAAGAAGUACCAUAGAACAUAUGAGAUUAAAUAAUACGAAUAAUAUAGAAAAUCAGAGUCCAAAUAUGAACAAUGUUCCCAUGCAACAUGCACCUACACAAUUGUAUUCUGCACAACAAUACUUUGAUCCAAGGAAUAACCAGCAAGUGGCUUGGAUGCAACAGGCAUAUACUCAUUAUUUUACUCAAUAUAUGCAAUUCAUGGCAGCACAAGGAAUACAAUUGCAAACUAGCAUUCCCUAUGUUCAGCAAAUGAAUAUCAAUACAAAUGACAGUGUUCAAACUUCUUAUGCAAAUAAUACAAAUAAUACUAAUAAUGUAGGUGAUGAACAGCAGCAACCAGCUGCCCAAGAAGCUGAUAUUAAUGCUGGAAAUAAUGAUGCCGGAGAGGAUGGUGCAUUUAUUAGAGAUUGGCUAGACUUUUUUUAUAUGUUGUCAAGAAUUAUUUUUCUCUUCAGUAUAGUAUAUUUUUAUUCUUCGCCGCUAAGAUUUCUUAUUGUUACAUUUCUUGGCUUUGUAAUGUAUCUAUACCAAGGUGGUUUCUUCAGAGUACAACCUCUUCUCUUACCUGAAAAUAACAAUGGUAGAGUAGAUAGAAUGGAUAACAAUAAUCAGGUGUUGCAAAAUCAAGCAGUGGGUCCUCAACCUGUACCUCAACAACAAAACGUUGGGCAGAUACCAACAGUAGAAGCAGAAGCAAGAACAAAUGCAAAUGAAGAACACGAAGAAGAGAGACCUGGUGCACUUGCUUUCACUUGGACAUUUUUCAGUACAUUUUUUGCUUCUCUUAUUCCCGAUCAGCCAAAUGUUAUUUAAUUUUUACGAGUAUUAAUUUAUUCCGCUCUAUUUUGUUGUAAAAUUAAUUUUUUCCUCUUGUUGAAGCUAUUUUUUAAACGUGAAGUUAAAUCUAACGAGGUGGUCUCCUUCGGUAUGUAAAUUUAAGGAUGUGAAAAACUAAAUUAGUGCUGUUACAAGAUUAAACGUAAAAAUGACGUUUCUGAGAAAAACAUAAUUUUGAAACAGUUUUAUAGGUUUUUCAAUCAUUAGAGUCUUGUAAUACAGUAACAUAUAACAGUAUGUAUAAGUUCACAUACUAAAUACAUGUUUAAAAUAAAUAACAUUUUUAUAACUACUCUUCACUGCUAAUUAUAUACUUGAAACAAUUUUGAAUAUUACUUUAAUUCAAUGAGGCUACCUCAGGGUACAUAAAAUGUACUUAUAAUAAAUAAUCAUAGGAGAUGGUUUUAGUUUACUCUAAAUAUUAUCCUACAAUAUUUAGAAUUUGUUAUGUAAUACAUUUUUUGUUUUUGUGAUUAUACGAGGAAACAACGAGAAAAAUAUAUACCAUGUAUAUAAAUAAAAUUACUGUAGAGCUUGUAAGGUAUUGAUAUAAAUAUAAACGCUAAAAAAGUAACAGUAAGAUUAAAAGCUUGCCAGUUUUUGUUUAUAAAGAUUAUUACAGCAA